AUGUGCGAAAAUAUAGAAAAUUUGAAAAACAUGGAAUACCUCAACGGAAAUAACCCAAUGCUGCCCAACUUUAACGAUUUUGGAGACUUAAACCAGAACUAUCAAGAAGAGAAGAUAGCAGAUUACUUCAAAGGUUCCGUGAUACUAGUGACAGGUGGAACCGGUUUCGUUGGGAAGGCCCUACUGGAAAAACUUCUCAGGAGUUGUCCAGGAAUUGAUACCAUUUAUAUCUUGAUGCGUCCUAAACGAGGGCUCACUGUGGAACAAAGGUAUAAGGAACUAUUGAAGAAUCAGGUAUUCGAUCGUAUACGAUCUAGAUGGCCAGAGCGUUUGAGUAAAUUGUAUCCUAUCACCGGAGAUGUUUCUGCCCCAAAUCUUGGAGUCAGCGUUGAUCAGCAAUUGCUCUUAAAGAGAUGUCAUAUAGUGUUCCACUCAGCUGCCACUGUGAAGUUCACCGAGCCUUUGCACGCUGCUUCAACUUUAAAUGUCCAGGGUACAGCUACAUUGCUAAAAUUAGCAGGAGAUAUGCCACUUUUGCAGGCCCUGGUCCAUGUCUCGACAGCAUACAGUAAUGCACCCAAAAGCUAUAUAGAGGAACGAGUCUAUCCUCCACCCUAUGACCCAGAGAGUAUUGUGAGGUGCACUAAAAUGCUACCAGCUGAAACCGUUGACAUCAUUGCUGAGUCUUUACAGGGAGAACACCCGAAUCCGUACACGUUGACGAAGGCGUUAGCAGAAUCCAUUGUAUACAGUCAUACUGAACUACCUGUUUGCAUUGUGAGACCCUCUAUUGUGACAGCUGCUUUCCAAGAACCCUUCCCAGGAUGGAUCGACAACAUUUACGGCGUAACAGGUAUUAUUAUGGAGAUAUCCCGUGGGACCUACCGCUCAGGAUACUGCCGGGAACGAUACGUAGUGGACUUAGUACCAGUUGACAUGGUAGUGAAUAGUUGUAUACUGGCUGCAUGGAGACAGGGUUCCAAAAAGCCCGGUCGGUGUCCCGUGUAUAAUGUCACAUCUGGAUCCAUCAAUCCAUUACAGUGGGGUCAUUUCACACAACUUUGCCUUAAAUGGGCGAGAGAAAACCCAACAAAAUACGUAAUGUGGUAUCCCAAUUUUGCCUUUACGGAGUCCCGAUUCAUUAAUACUUUUUGGGAAAUUACUUGCCAUUUUCUCCCCGCCUUCCUCUACGAUUUAUUACUUAGAGCUCAAGGAAGGAAAGCAAUUAUGAUGAAACUGGCACGACGGUUUAAAAUGGCUGCGGCUACAGGAGAAUACUUUGCCAAUCACGAAUGGCAAUUUAGUGUAUCGGAAUUGACAGCUUUACAUAAUGAAGCCAGUAUUGCCAGUGACUCCAACACAUUCGCCCAUUGGCCUGGAGAAUUUAAUUGGGACUCAUAUAUUGGAUCGUAUAUGCUUGGUAUCAGACGAUUCAUUUUAAAGGAUAGUACAGAAUCUCUACCCCAAGCUAGGAAUAAAUUGAAAAGAUUAUAUUGGGUGCACAAACUUUUCCAAAUGGCCACUGGGUAUUAUAUAUUUAGAUUCCUGGCAGGGCGUUUACGA